UCGUCUCGGCCUCCCCACGCCUGCCACCACCACCACCACCAGCGCACCAUCGUCCUCACACUUGCCUCUCAUCCUCCCUGCCGUGCCGAGACCGCAGCGGUCAGCAGGCGGCGCGGACGCUUCUCCUUGGCAAGGCGAGCGACAGGCAUGGGCUUCCCGGUCGGCUACUCCGAGCUGCUGCUCCCCAAGCAGCUGCUCCACCUCCUCCUCCUGCUCGGCUACCUCCGCCGCUUCCUCCUCUGGGCCUUCGACGCCGUCGGCCUCGGCGACCUGCUGGAUCUCGGGGACGAGCACCUGGCGCAGGAGCACGCGCGCGCCGACCACGCCGCCGCGGCGCACCACGCGCUGCUGCUGCAGCACCGCCGGCCCGAGUUCCGGCCCGUGACGGCCAUGGUCAUCGAGGAGGUGCUCCCCGUGGUGCGGUUCGACGAGCUGGAGGCCGCGGCGUGCGUCGACGGGGACUGCGCCGUGUGCCUCAGCGGCAUCGGCGGCGGCGACGAGGUGCGGCGGCUCAGCAACUGCCGCCACGCCUUCCACCGGGGGUGCCUGGACCGCUGGAUGGAGCACGACCAGCGCACCUGCCCGCUCUGCCGCGCCCUGCUCAUCCCCGACGAGAUGGCCGGCGCUCUCUGGGCCACCGCCGCCGGCGUGCCCGACGCCUCCGACUUCGACUUCUUCUACCUGGGCGCCUCGGCGCCAGCCACCCCGACGCUGCUGCGGCCGCACGAGCUGCUGCUCACCGGCCUCGGCGGCUACCAGUGAGCCGAGCCCCCGAUUCGGUCCAGGCAAAAUUGUCCGCCGCCGUCCAGAAUGCGCAAUUUUACAGGACUGAAUUGGUCUCCGCGUCCGGACGCCGGCGGGCUGCCUGGCCCCAGCCGUGUACAUAGGGCGAAAUGAGUAAAGUAACCGCCCCGAAAAGGGCUAGGAGAUUAGAUUCUUGUUAUGUAUAGCUAGAUUCCAUCUUCCAAGUUUGCGGAGCUGUGGAUCUUUUCUUCUGCCAAUUAAAUUUGUUGAUGAGUUA